ACAUCAAGUUAAUAAAAUUGAAAUUAAUCUUAAUGAUUUUUAUUUAUUUUAACCGAAAAUCUUUAUGAUUCUUAGUAUUAUUAGUAUAAAUGUGCAAUAAUUUGGUGAAAUUAAUAAAAUUGUGGUAUAAUGAAUAUCUUCUUCUAUAAAGUCAGCUGAAAUCAAAUUUCAUUGUCCUAAAGCAACAGAAUUUGGUUUGACAAUAAAACGUUUUGAUCAAGUUUGGUUAUUAUGGAGAUAUAAAGAAGUUGUGCAGAUAAAUCAACAAAUCAAGUCAAGGAAUCUCCCAAAGUAAUUUUUGUCGCCAAGCAAAGAAAGUUUCCACAAUCACAUAAAGCAAGAGAAGAAGAGUUUGAGUUUGAGUUUGAACACAACAAUGAACUUGGUUAAUCUUUUCAUGUUUUUUAUGUUGCAAUUCAUCUUGUUUCUAGGUUGUAGUAGCAUUGAUUCAGGGGUGCGAUUGGAUAUUCAAGAAAAACAUGUGAUAAUGGAUAAUGGCAUAGUACAAGUGAAUUUAUCAAACCCAGAAGGAUUUGUCAUUGGAAUUCAAUAUAAUGGACUUGAUAAUUUGCUUGAAGUUCUUAAUCCCGAAUUUGACAGAGGGUAUUGGGAUAUUGUAUGGGACCAAGGUGGAAAAAAUAGAACAAAAAAAGGUGCAAAGGGAAAGGGUAGACUCGACAGGAUGGACACCACAAAUUUGACGGUGAUAGUGAAAAAUGAAGAACAAGUAGAAUUAUCUUUCACUAGAACAUGGAAUUUCUCUCUUGAAGGAAAGCUAGCACCACUCAAUAUUGAUAAAAGGUUUAUAAUGCUUCGUGGUUCCUCUGGAUUUUAUACAUAUGCAAUUUAUGACCAUUUGAAGGAAUGGCCUGCAUUUGAUCUUGACAAUACUAGAGUUGCAUUCAAACCUAGGAAAGACAAGUUCAAUUACAUGGUUAUAGCGGACGACAGACAAAGAUUUAUGCCGCUGCCUGAUGAUCGAUUACCGGGAAGAGGCCAAGUUUUGGCAUAUCCGGAGGCUGUCCGCCUUGUCGAUCCAGUUGAGCCGGAGUUUAAAGGAGAGGUGGAUGAUAAAUAUGAGUACUCAAUUGAGAGUCGAAGCAACUAUGUUCAUGGUUGGAUUUUCAUUAAUUCAUCGGAAUCUAAUGGAAUAUGGUUAAUUACGCCAAGUUAUGAGUUUAGAUCUGCUGGACCCUUAAAACAAUAUCUUGCUUCCCAUGCGGGGCCAACCAUGCUCUCCGUAUUUCAUAGCACACAUUAUUCAGGAGAAGAUCUGAUAAUGAAAUUUGGACCCAAUGAAUCGUGGAAGAAAGUUUUUGGGCCUAUAUUCAUAUACCUUAAUUCCAUGUCUGAUGGGCUUAGCCCAAUCAGGCUUUGGGAGGACGCCAAACAUCAGAUGGUGAAUGAAAUUGAAAGCUGGCCAUAUACAUUUCCUGCUUCAAAGGACUUUCUCUCAUCUGCCCAACGAGGUAAAGUUGAAGGUAGAUUGCUUGUCCGUGAUAGGUACAUCAGUGAUGCAUUCGUCCCAGUGAGUGGUGCUUAUGUUGGAUUAGCACCCCUAGGAGAUGUUGGAUCUUGGCAAAGAGAAUACAAGGGUUAUCAAUUUUGGACCAUUACUGAUGAUGAAGGCUAUUUCUCAAUAAUUAACAUACGUCCUGGUGACUAUAAUCUUUAUUCAUGGGUCACUGGAUUCAUUGGUGAUUAUCAAUAUAACAAUGCCAUUAACAUAACCUCAGGUUGUAAUAUUAAUGUGGGUGAGCUUGUUUAUGAGCCACCAAGAGAUGGUCCAACAUUGUGGGAAAUCGGCAUUCCUGAUCGCACAGCUGCCGAGUUCUAUGUUCCUGAUCCAAAUCCCUUGUACGUUAACAAACUUUAUGUCAACCAUACAGACAGAUAUAGGCAAUAUGGCUUGUGGGAGAGAUAUGCUGAUUUGUAUCCAAAUGAAGACUUAGUUUACACUGUUGGCAUUAGUGAUUACAAAAAAGACUGGUUUUUUGCUCAAGUUACUAGGAAAAAGGACAACAAUACUUACCAAGGAACUACAUGGCAAAUUAAUUUCAAUCUUAAUCAUGUGAAUACCAAUGGAACCUACAAAUUGCGACUAGCUCUAGCAUCUGUACAUUCUGCUGAUUUACAGAUUCGGAUAAACAAUUCAAAUGCAACAAGUCCACCUUUAUUUUCAAGUGGAAUUAUUGGAAAGGAGAAUACUAUAGCUAGACAUGGAAUUCAUGGAUUCUACUGGUUAUUCAACAUUGAUGUAGAAGGCACUAUUCUUGUGAAAGGAAACAAUACAAUCUUUCUAACACAAGCUAACAACAAUGGUCCUUUUGUAGGAAUUUUGUAUGAUUAUAUUCGUUUAGAAGGACCCCCUGAUAUUAAUUUUAUUAAAGAUCGAAACUAGAGAUUCUUCUCAAGAAUAUUCAUUUGAAAAAUUUCAUAAUUUCAUUCAACACCAAUAUAUGAAAAAUAGAUUAUUGUUUAGCAUA